UUAAUACUGAAACGAAACAAAAGCAAAAAAGAAAUGGAUUAAAAAGAGCCCUAACGGCUAGUAAAGCAAGUUCUGGUCUCUGGGAGAAUGGAAGCAGGGCAGCAAUGCCAUUCAUGGAAACUCAAUGUGCAGGCCAAGGCCAAGAACUUGGAUUUCAAAUUGGUAGCCUCCAACUUUUUACCCAAUUGCAAGUUUUUCCCAUUCUCUCUCAAGUUCAAGUACUGCAGAUUCUUCAUCCAUCUUAAAUCUGAAACACCCACCUUUCCAAAUCCACAGAAAUCAAAAUCCUUGAAAUCGAAACUCCAUCGAUUCCUUGAAAGACUCCGUAUUCGAAGACGUUCCAAGAACAAUAGUAGAGCGAUCAGUUCCAAACCAAAGAACAAGGCAACGAUAUCUCAGAGUUCAGUGGUUGUAGGAAACCUAGCCCUCUUCAUUCAAUCACUGUAUCAACGGGACAAAGAUGGAAUUUUUAUACUUGGUUCUACUGUCUUUAUUUGCUUUGCUUCCAUAUUUAAGAGUUUCAUGGCAAGAAAAUCUUGGAUAUUGUUAGUUUUUGUAAUUGGUGCCAUAGUUUUAUGCUCAAAUGUGAUGCAUCUCAGAUUCAGUAGCUACUUUGAUCAUCACUGUCUCUCAAGAUUCUUUUGGAGGGCUUGCAAAAAUGCUGCCUCCUCUGGCUGUUUACAUCUACUCUCCCAGGUGAAAACACAAAGUCCCUUCCUAUGUUACUCGGACUAUGCAAAAAUGUUGUCGCACCCAUGUUCAAUCAUCCAAAAAAAUUCACUACUUUUGGAGGAUUCAACAUGUCCGGCAGGGCCAGAUUUAGGGGGCGGAAGGGUGUUCACCCGAACCCCCAAAAUCUAUUUUUUACCUUUAUAUAUUAUGUUUUGAAUCUCCUUGACACAACCGAAAAGCAUAGCUUAUUGGUCAAGGGGGUUCAAAACCUUUGUAAGGUCAUUGGUUCUAUUCUCAUUAACUACAAUCUUUUUAAUUUUUUUAUUUUUUUGAACCCCCCUUUUUAACUUUUUUAUUUUUUUGAACCCCUUGACGGUAAUCCUGCGUCCGCCACUGAUGUCCGGCGCCAUUUUUGAAGAUUCCAAGCGACAUACAUCCCUUCUUUUUACUUUGAUUUUUGAUGUCUUUAAUUUGUUAUGAUAAUGCAUAUGCAAUUGCUGACUUUGUGAAACA